AUGGAUCACGUGACCAUAAUCACGUGCUCCAAUGAGUUCCAGGAGUCCAAAAACAAUGAAGCCUUUGUUGUCUCAGGUCAGUCAGAGGUGAUUGGUCCGAAUCAGCCAGUUGCUGCAACAGUUGGUGAUGACAUCAUUUUGCCAUGUUACCUCUACCCAACCAUGGAUGCUUCAGACAUGACUGUGGAGUGGAGUAGACCUGACCUGGACCUCAGAUUAGUCCAUGUGUGGCCGGAGAGACCUGAGUUACAAAAUCCAUCCUACAAGGGCAGAACAUCUCUGUUUAUUAAUGAAAUGAAAAAUGGAGAACUUUCUCUGAAGAUCUCCAGAAAGGAGACACAGAGAGAAAAACUGGAGGCAGAACAACAGAGAGAGGAAAACCAGAAGAGGGACCGGGAACAAGGACAGGACCAGGGAAUCUAG